AUGAUAUCACCCGGGAAAAUCACGUCAACAUCAAUCAACAUCAAUUUUGGUGAUUCCGACAUCGAGCAAGGGCGAUUCGACUACUACGAGCUCGUCUUCACGGGGAACAACAAGAACAUCACGAAAAAGAUCGAAAUCAACCACGAUAAAUCGCUGACAUUUACGAAGCUGAUUCCCGGCAAGACCUAUUUGUUCACGCUCUACACUGUCUACAAGAGAGUGCGAAGUCGUCCAGUCACCGAGGCGAUAACUACGUAUCCUUUGAAAGUGAAUGCAUUGUAUCCUGUGGUGGGCCGAGAAUAUGUUGUGCUCUACUGGGAUAUCGAUAACUUUGCUGACAGCGACUGUCGCUUUCGUUUGAGCUACAACGCCGACAGGGUUGCUACCGUAUCUGUGGAACUGAAAGGAGCAAGUCGUCAUCGAUUCAGUGCUCUCAUGCCUGAUGUGUACUACACGUUCACUAUUACGGUAAUUAUGGGCGCAGGAAAAGCUGCUGCUGAAAGUGAAAGCGAAAUGAUUACUGUUUAUGUGCCAAGAGAAAGCCGAUUUUCGCCCACUUUGAAGAGACAAGGCAGUCGUGAGCUGACCGUCGCAUUCGAAAACGAUCACCAGGUUUUCUCCCCACUGAAUGGCGCCAUUGAAAACAUUGCUGUGAUCGUUUCCGACGAUACCGAUUUGAACGAUGACAACUACGAGUUGAAGUCGUGGUUUGAAGUGAAAGACGAGGAGACGUGGGGAUCCUACAGGUUGUUUCAAGGCUCAGUUCCUUUAUUCAUCUAUCUUUAG